GGGAUGUGUUCCACAUGAAGCAUAAAGCUAUUGGAUUCUGAGAGGACCCGUCAGAGCAGCAUUUACUUGAACAGUGAGAGAAGAAUGACAGAACAAUCUGUCUGACUUUAAAUUCUUGGACCGCAAGAAAGAGCUGAGAAUGGCUCCGUGCAAAAACAUUGUCGUUAGCUUUCUUGAGGAAUUGUGUCUGCCAGAACCACUGCUUGGCUGUAAGAAACACCCAAACGUUAGGAAAAAGCUGAGACUGAUACGAAUAACAGGACUUUUCCUGGGCAUCGUGGCCGUUAGCACGCUAUAUCUUUCAAUUAGUGCCUUUUUCCAGUUGCAACCUUAUAGCACAGAGACGACCAGCAAUCUAGAUAGCCAUAAGUCAAAGCACAUGCAUCAAAGAACUCUUUUGGACUUUAACGAACAGAAUCAAACCGGCGCUCCAGAUUCACCUAUUUCUAUGAAAUACGAAGCUGGGCAGGAUAACCAUACGGAGGAGCACUCCAAGGGAGAGUACCCGGAAGACCUUUUUUCUCUUGAAGAAAGACGGAGGGGUGCUGUAAUACUUCACAUCUGUGGAAUGAUUUACAUGUUCAUAGCCUUAGCCAUUGUCUGCGAUGAGUUCUUUGUUCCUUCAUUGACAGUCAUUACAGAAAAACUGGCGAUUUCCGAUGAUGUGGCCGGGGCAACCUUCAUGGCUGCUGGUGGCUCAGCCCCAGAACUCUUUACUUCUCUAAUAGGAGUUUUUAUAUCCCACAGCAACGUCGGCAUUGGGACAAUAGUUGGGUCUGCGGUGUUCAAUAUACUCUUUGUGAUUGGGAUGUGUGCUUUGUUUUCCAAGGAGAUCCUGCACCUCACCUGGUGGCCCCUCUUUCGGGAUGUGUCUUUUUACAUCAUGGACUUGGUAUUGCUGAUCAUCUUCUUUUUGGAUAACUUCAUCAUGUGGUGGGAAAGUUUAACGCUGCUGCUUGCUUAUUUCGUCUACGUGACCUUCAUGAAGUUCAAUGUGCAAGUGGAGGAGCUGGUGAAAAGCCUGUUAAGCAAGAACAAAGUGGAGAAAGUGUCUCCAGAAGUUGAAGCAAAGACCAAGCCCCGUCUCCAGCGUGGUGGGAGCUCCGCAUCUCUGCACAACAGUCUAAUGAGGAACAGCAUUUUCCAGCUUAUGAUUCACACUCUUGAUCCACUUGCCGAAGGAAAGUUCAAAGAAAGGGCAUCUAUUCUUCAUAAGAUGGCCAAAAAGUGUCAGGUGGAGGAUGGUGAAAAACGGAACGGAAGUGUUAAUCAUGCCGGGGCAAAAGUCGAAGUUGAAGUGACACCGCCAAAUGAUGGAGCUAUGCAAAACGGAACGGCUGUUGGAGCAGAAGAGGAAGAGGACGAUGAAGACCAGCCCCUCAGCCUGGCUUGGCCCGACACGCCCCGCAAACAGCUCACCUACCUGGCUAUUCUCCCCAUCGUUUUUCCGUUAUGGGCUACCCUGCCUGAUGUCAGAAACCCUAGCUCAAAGAAGUUUUUCCCCUUAACAUUUUUCGGAUCAAUCUCUUGGAUAGCAGUGUUUUCUUACCUAAUGGUCUGGUGGGCACAUCAAGUAGGAGAAACCAUUGGCAUCAGUGAAGAAAUCAUGGGUCUGACGAUUUUAGCUGCUGGCACAUCAAUCCCUGACCUAAUUACCAGUGUUAUUGUGGCACGGAAAGGCCUGGGGGACAUGGCAGUAUCCAGCUCUGUUGGAAGUAACAUCUUUGACAUCACUGUGGGCCUUCCUCUGCCAUGGCUCCUCUAUGCUAUGAUCAACAAUUUUGUCCCCGUGGCCGUGAGCAGCAACGGGCUCUUCUGCGCAAUAGUCCUCCUUUUCAUCAUGCUGCUGUUCGUCAUCCUCUCCAUUGCGGCUUGCAAGUGGAGGAUGAACAAAUUCCUGGGCUUCACCAUGUUUGGGCUUUACUUCGUGUUCCUGAUUGUCAGCGUCCUUCUAGAAGACAGGGUCAUUGUGUGCCCUGUGUCUAUUUGACGAGGAAGGAAGUGACGCUUUCUUGAACAACACCCCCCCCCAAAAAAAAAAAUUGCAAAAGCAAAUGCCCAAACCAGAACCAGACAAGAACAAAGAAACAGUCUUGCAAGACAAGAUAAGCAACGUCUUUGGAACCCUCGAAUUUAAAACAGUGGGGAGGGGAAGAGCUGAGGUUAUGAAGCCAGACAUGGAGAAGUUCAGCUCAUACAAUUGCUGCUGCUGAACCAUGAUGUGGCUGCUUCAGAAACAUGGUCUUGGAGAAGUUCCGCUGCUUAUUUCUUGGAGGUAUUGUGCAUGUAUUUUAUAACAAUGUUAAGCUAUUACGUAUGCUACACAUAGGACCUGCUCCCACACAUCUUCCUCUCUCUAUAUAUAUUAACAAACACAUGCUACACAAAGAGAGAGAGAGAGAGAGCAAUAUCAUAUAAACAUACAGGAAAAUGCCGAUAUCCAUCUUUUGGGAGGCGCAAAUCUCCUGUUUGGGAUUUUAUCUGUUCGUGUAAUGUAACGGAAAGAGUUACUGUCAGCAUGAAGCGAGCGACAGACAAGAGACGACUCUCCGUGGAUAAUGCGCUAUUCAGGUGCAGCUAGCAUGUGACGUGGACACGGAGGCUGUGCAGGUUUGAGAAGCGUGCAGAUGUUUAGAGCAGAAGUUGGAUUGACCCCACCCCCACCCCAGACUGAGAAAUCAAUAACCAGUUGAGUUAAACAAAAACAAGUUCAGAUACUUGCAUCUCCUGUCUGUUGCUGCUUAUCACAGCAUUACUCCAGCAACAAGCAACUAUUAUGUACAUGUGUGAAAGAAGCAUCACAGGUUGCAUAUCACAGAGACACUCAGAUGUGCAGCAUUGGGG